UCCCAGAUACUCGGGCUGACAAAGCCAGUGUGUUGCUGUAAGACAGGUCCACUCAAUAUGGAUCUGUGUGAGGAGAAAGAGGACGAUGUCCAACCUUCUAAAGUCUCUCUCUCUGUGGAACAUGGCAGCCAGACCAAAGCCAAGAGCCCAGUCCAGCAGGAGAGACCAGACUCCCCUGUACCCAGCGGGGUGUCUAUGAAGAGCGACCACUCCAUUGCCGAACCCUUAACCUUUAGAGACAGAAAUCCCUCUACAGAGCAGAGAGUCCAGCAGGAGAGACCAGACUCCCCUGUACCCAGUGGGGUGUCUAUGAAGAGCGACCACUCCAUUGCCGAACCCUUAACCUUUAGAGAUGGAAAUCACUCUACAGAGCAGAGAGUCCAGCAGGAGAGACCAGACUCCCCUGUACCCAGCGGGGUGUCUAUGAAGAGCGACCACUCCAUUGCCGAACCCUUAACCUUUAGAGAUGGAAAUCACUAUACAGAACAGAGAGUCCACCAGGAGAGGUCCGAGGUUACCAUCAGUCACUCUGACCAUGAGCACAAUGAAGCAGAUCUGGCCUCCAUAUUUAUGCUUCUGGAGGAAAACAUCAUCACUUUUGUGAAGACUGAGCUGAAGAAGUUCCAGGGAGUUCUUAGUCCAGAUUACCGAGAGUGCUCAGAGAGGCAGAGGAAGGAUGAGGAGGUGGUGGAUGGUAAAGAGGAAGAACAGAGGAAGAGCAGCCGAUGGGCCCUUCUGAAGAUCACACUGCACUUCUUGAGGAGAAUGAAGCAGGACGAGCUGGCUGACUCUCUGCAGAGCAGAACUGUUAGUGAAGUGUCGCAAAAACUCAAAAGUAACCUGAAAGAGAAGUUCCAGUGUUUGUUUGAGGGAAUCGCUAAAGCAGGAAACCCCACACUCCUGAAUGACAUCUACACAGAGCUCUACAUCACAGAGGGAGGAAGUGGAGAGGUCAAUGACGAACAUGAGAUCAGACAGAUUGAAACAGCAUUCAGGAAACCAUCAGGACCAGAAACUAUGAUCAAAUGUAAAGACAUCUUCCAACCAUUACCUGGCAGAGAUCCUCAACCAAUCAGAACAGUGCUGACAAAGGGAGUGGCUGGCAUCGGGAAAACAGUCCUAACACAUAAGUUCACUCUGGACUGGGCUGAAGACAAAGCCAACCAGGACAUUCAGUUCACAUUCCCAUUCACUUUCAGAGAGCUGAAUGUGCUGAAAGAGAAGAAGUACAGUUUGGUGGAACUUGUUCAUCACUUCUUUACUGAAACCAAAGAAGCAGGAAUCUGCAGGUUUGAAGAGUUCCAGGUUGUGUUCAUCUUUGACGGUCUGGAUGAAUGUCGACUUCCUCUGGACUUCCACAACAACGAGAUCCUGACUGAUGUAACAGAGUCCACCUCAGUGGAUGUGCUGCUGACAAACCUCAUCAGGGGGAAACUGCUUCCCUCUGCUCGCCUCUGGAUAACCACACGACCUGCAGCAGCCAAUCAGAUCCCUCCUGAGUGUGUUGACAUGGUGACAGAGGUCAGAGGGUUCACCAACCCACAGAAGGAGGAGUACUUCAGGAAGAGAUUCAGAGAGGAGGAGCAGGCCGGCAGAAUCAUCUCCCACAUCAAGACAUCACAAAGCCUCCACAUCAUGUGCCACAUCCCGGUCUUCUGCUGGAUCUCUGCUUCAGUUCUAGACCAUGUGUUGAGAGCAGGUGAGAAUAGGGAGUUACCCAAGACCCUGACUGAGAUGUACAUCCACUUCCUGGUAGUUCAGUCCAAAGUAGGGAAUGUCAAGUAUCGUGGAGGAGCUGAGACAGAUCCACUCUGGAAGACCGAGACCAGCAAGAUCAUCAUGUCUCUGGGAAAACUGGCUUUUGAGCAGCUGCAGAAAGGCAACCUGAUCUUCUAUGAGUCCGACCUGACAGAGUGUGGAAUCGAUAUCAGAGCAGCCUCAGUCUACUCAGGAGUGUUCACACAGAUCUUUAAAGAGGAGAGAGGACUGUACCAGGACAAGGUGUUCUCCUUUGUCCAUCUCAGUAUUCAGGAGUUUCUAGCUGCUCUGUAUGUCUUUGUGACAUUCAUCAACACUGGUGUCAACCUGCUGUCAGAACAGCAAUCAGCAUCCUGCUGGUCUCCAUUGUGGGACAAAUCAAAGGUAAAUCCGCUCUACCAAAGUGCUGUAGACAAGACCAUACAGAGUCCAAAUGGACAUCUGGACUUGUUUCUUCGCUUCCUCCUGGGUUUCUCACUGGAGGCCAACCAGACCCUUUUGCAAAAACUGAUGACACCCUCAAGAGGCAGUUUACAGAACUAUCAGGAAACAGUCAAAUACAUCAAGAAGAAGAUCAGGAGGAAUCCAUGUCCAGAGAGGUGCAUCAACUUGUUCCACUGUCUGAAUGAGCUCAAUGACCAUUCUCUAGUGGGGGAGAUACAGCAGUACCUGAGUUCAGGAAGUCUCUCCACAGACAAACUCUCUCCGGCUCAGUGGUCAGCUCUGGUCUUCAUCUUACUGUCAUCAGAAAAAGACCUGGACGUGUUUGACUUGAGGAAGUACUCUGCUUCAGAGGAAGGUCUCCUGAGGCUGUUGCCCGUGGUCAAAUCUUCGAGAAUAUCCUGCCUGAGAGACUGUAAGCUGUCAGAGAGAAGCUGUGAAGCUCUGGCCCAUGUUCUUGAAUCCAAGUCCUCCCAUCUGAAAGAGCUGGACCUGAGUAACAAUGACCUGCAGGAUUCAGGAGUGAAGCUGCUGUCUGUUGGACUGCGGAGUCCACACUGUAGACUAGAAACUCUACGGUUGAGAGGCUGUAACUUGUCAGAGAAAAGCUCUGAAGCUCUGGCCUCAAUCAGCUCGCAGUCUUCCAGUCUGAGAGAGCUGGACCUGAGUAACAACGACCUGCAGGAUUCAGGAGUGAAGCUGCUGUCUGCUGGGCUGGCGAGUCCUCAAUGUAGACUGAAAACUCUAUGGUUGUCAGGCUGUCAGGUCACAGAAGAAGGCUGUGCCUCUCUGGCCUCAGCUCUGAGCAUCAACCCCUCCCAUCUGAGAGAGCUGGACCUGAGCUACAAUCAUCCAGGAGACUCAGGGGUCAGGCUGCUCUCUGUUGGACUGGAGGAUCCACACUGGAGACUGGACACUCUCCUUGUUGACCAUGGUGGAAGGCAUCGCGUGAAACCCCUCAUGUAUGCCUGUGAACUCACGCUGGACCCAAACACAGUGAACAGGAGGCUCUCUUUGUCUGAGGACAACAGAAAGGUGACUGAGGUGAAAGAGGCUCAGCCUUACCUCGAUCAUCCAGAGAGGUUUCACCACUGGAAGCAGGUUCUGUGUAGAGAUGGUCUGACUAGGCGCUCUUACUGGGAGGUGGAGUGGAAAGGAUGGGUUAAUAUAGGAGUGGCAUACAAAGGAAUCAAAAGGAAAGGAGAACGUGAUGAGUGUUGUCUUGGCGAGAACGACAAGUCUUGGGGUCUCUUCUGUUCUGUUACCGGUUACUCCGUCUGUCACAAUAAGAGAACAACAGACAUACGGGGCAUCCACUCGUCCUGUGACGCUGGCAGAGUAGGGGUGUAUGUGGACUGGGCUGCUGGUGUUCUGUCCUUCUACAGAGUCUCCUCUGACACACUGACCCACCUCCACACCUUCAACACCACAUUCACUGAUCCCCUCUAUCCUGUACUCAGGUUUAAGUUAAGCUCUGGAUCUGGUUCUUCAGUGUCUCUGUGUAAGUUUGAGGAGGAAGAACCAGCUCCAGUGUAGCGUAGAGAGAAAGACCCACACUGCUUCUGAAACUGAAUACUCAAUAUGAAAUCACACACAUGCACACGUGCACAACUCAACUUACCACAGUCAUAAAUUCUGUGUUGGGUAACAUUUUGAAAAAAUUUUGACAUGAGAGUGUACGGUUCAAAUAUCACCCUCGGACCUGUCUCUGUUUGUUUCUCUUUUAUUUUAUUUUUUUCAUUUAUCUUGCCGAAUCAUUGGAUGCAAGAUGUCAAGGUAAACAUAUUCACAUCUGUGUUUUAAUUAGAUGCAUUUAUGUAGCAGUUACUGAUAUUCAAAAUCAAAUAAUGUUUUAACAAAGCAACAGAAAUUCACAUGGCUUUUUACUAGGAUUGUCAAAGUUAAUGCCAUAAUAACACAUUAACGCAAUCGAUCUUCUGGAGGUUGUAGCGACUCAGUUUAAAAUCUAAAGUGAAGAUACUGGUACCACAUGAACCUAUAAAACCUGAUGAAUCCA